AUGGGAACAACCGCUCUCGAGGCUGCCACAGGAGAUGGACCUCAAACGGAAGACAAGUACAUGGUCUACUCAAACAUAACUCAAAAAGUGGAUCAUUUUGGCAAUGUUUCUGCCACAUGGAAGCAGCGUUACCAGUACAACUCGAAGUUCUACAACGCAACCAACGGCAUUGUUUUUCUGAUGCUCGGCGGUGAAGGCUCAAUUUCGCCUCCGGGUGAUAAGUGGGUAAGAGACGAGAGCAUAACCAUGAUGCAGUGGGCUAAGAUGUACGGCGCGGCCGCGUUUCAGGUUGAGCAUCGCUUUUAUGGACCCAAGGAAAACAGCCCAUUCGGACCACCAAAUCUUUGUGCGACCAGCUUUCUGCAGAAAUUCAAAAAGUACGUGAACGUUGCAUUUCAGCAAGCAAGACACUGCAUCACUGAAGUUCCUCACUAUCGAUCAAGCACUUGA